CAAUGAGCCGCAUUGAGUAACUACCGCUGCAAUCUAUGGGGUACCGGUAGCAGAAGAGUCUUCACGGAAUCAGACUUGGUUCCUCGACUCGGAGCACGAUACCAGCUCAAAAAACGAUGAAGGCGCUGAUUCUGCUCGGUCUUCUGGCCACAGGCCUGGCGGAUGACCUUUAUGUGCUGACGAUGAAAAAAAAGAGAAAUCUGAUACACCUCGACGCACUUGAUGGCUACGUCGUCAGUCCGGGUUAUAUGAAUCAAACGAACUACCCUGCGAAUUUCUACGGUUCGGUAGAGUUAAUCGUUGAUUCGGACUAUCAGAGAAUCAGGCUUGACUUCGAGGACCUGGACUUGGACGUGAACAGCAUGUGCAACAGUGACCGCAUCGAGGUCCAGGAGGCACUGAAGGACAUCUGGGUCGACGCUCUCAGGCUGUGUUCAUCUCAGCGGCCCAGACCGUGGCUGUCCCGCCGAGGCCACGUCAAAAUCGUCUUCAGCACCAACGCCAUUCAGAACGGACGGGGAUUCCGGAUUCGUUACCGGGCGACCAAUGCGUCAACUGUCUGCAACAGCGAAGACAUGUUCCAGUGCAAAAAUCGGGACUGUAUCCCGCCCACACGCGUUUGCAACGGAAUCUACGAUUGCAGCGAUGCAUCGGACGAAAAGUUCUGCGAAGAUAUUGGGCCGCAAGCAAAAAGAAGGCUUCGCCGAGCCAAAUGCGGCGCGCCAUUGAUCGCGCCCGUGACGUCCGAAGAGGACCGCGUCGUCGGAGGCCAGGAGGCUGUCCCUCACAGCUGGCCCUGGCAGGUGAGCCUCCAGCAUCCACAGUUUCACGUCCUUGGCCACUUCUGCGGCGGAAGCCUCAUCAACAACAGCUGGGUUCUCACUGCGGCCCACUGCGUCAAAAACAAGCUUCCGAGAGAUGUGACAGUCAAGUUGGGCCUGCACGACAUGAUGGAGGAGGACAACGUCGUCACCAGGAGGGUUAAGACCAUCGUCAAGCACCCGAAAUACUGGGGUCUCAACAUGAACAACGAUAUUGCUCUGCUGCAACUUGACAUGCCGGUUAAUCACUCCGUCACCGUGAGGCCAGUCUGUCUACCAGAGAAGGACGAGGCUGUACCCUUGGGCAGCACCUGCUUCAGCACCGGAUGGGGCGAGACAAGAGGUAGUGGAGGCUUCGGAAAGCUCAAGCAGACCAAGCUGAAGAUCUUGCCCUUCAAGGUCUGCAAAGCGGCCUCGAGACGAGAUGUCCUAAUGUUCGAGGACAAUGCCGUCUGCGCGGGCGACGAAACCGAGCAGGAGGGUGUUUGCCACGGCGACAGCGGUGGUCCUCUGGUGUGCAAAGACGACCGUGGGCGUUGGGUACUGCACGGCGUGACCAGCAUGAGCACCUCUUCGUCCGAACUGACCUCUAUCUGCGGAAGUAGUGCCUACUGGAACCGGGUCCAGGAGAAGCGAUCCUGGAUCGACGACACCUUGAACGACCUCUAAGCCAAAAUGACGGGAACGUUAUUCUGGCUGACUAUGCUUUAGUUCGAUGCAUUCGUGCCUUACAAAUCAAUAAAAUUUCCGAACUUGGUA